GUUUUCUGUGCCGGGAGGAAGCUGGACAUUCGGAAACUCCGAGAAAGCAGCAGCUCCGGAGGCUGCAGGGGUCUGGGCGGCCAUGGAGGAGCCCCCUUUGCGAGAGGAGGAAGAGGAGGAGGGGGACGAGGCUGGGCCCGAGGGGGCCCUGGGCAAGAGCCCCUUCCAGCUGACCGCCGAGGACGUAUAUGACAUCUCCUACGUGAUGGGACGCGAGCUGAUGGCCCUGGGCAGCGACCCCCGGGUGACACAGCUGCAGUUCAAGAUCGUCCGCGUCCUGGAGAUGCUGGAGACGCUGGUGAAUGAGGGCAGCCUGACGGUGGAGGAGCUAAGAAUGGAGCGGGACAACCUCCGGAAGGAGGUGGAGGGGCUGCGGAGAGAGAGCUCGGCGGCCGGCAGGGAGGUGAACCUGGGACCAGACAAAAUGGUGGUUGACCUGACAGAUCCCAACCGACCACGCUUUACUCUACAGGAGCUGAGAGACGUGCUGCAGGAGCGCAACAAACUCAAGUCACAGCUGCUGGUGGUGCAGGAAGAGCUGCAGUGCUAUAAGAGUGGCCUGAUCCCAGCAAGAGAAGGCCCAGGAGGAAGAAGAGAAAAAGAUGCUCUGGUUACCAGGGCCAGCAAUGCCAGCAGUAACAAGGAGACAAUGAUAAGGAAGCUGUUCUUUUUCCGAUCAGGGAAGCAGACAUAGAUCUGGGACCAUGGCUCAGUUCUCAGAAGACGACUUCAAAAAUCAUCUCUCAGUGCCAGUGCGUACCCACUGCACUUGCUCCUUUGUUUCCCCUCAAAGCCGUCUGAGGAGGAACGGAUGAGGUUUUCUCCCCCGCUGCAGAAUUGAACACCGACGAAGGCUGGGCCAGGGCGAGUGAAGCGGCACAAAAAAUCGAGAAAGCAGAA